UACUCUUUUUUUUCAUUUCAUUUUCAAAUCUCAGCUUUUUUUAUUCUUCUUGUACAAGGAAAUUACUUAUCAUCUUUCCUCCUCAGUAGGAAACACUCAUCAUUGUACCCAACAAUCACUUUCAAUCCUCAGAAAGCAGAAUCAAAAACCUCUUCAUUCUUCUUCCAUAUAUACAUACACACACCUUCCAAAUCUCUAUAUAACCUUUUCCCUCUCCUCCAAUUCUCUCUCUCCCUUCUCUUAAUAUCUUUUCAAUUUGAUCAUCGACUCAUCUCACCAAAGAUCAGAUCUUUGACCAAAAAUGGAUCCGUCCUCUGCUACCUCAGUGAACGGAUACUACUCAUUUCUAAACAGAUCAAUGGAUGAUCUCGAGAGGGUUUACCUCUCAAACAACUUCAUGUCCGUACACUUCUUACAGAGGGCUCUCUGUCUUCUCCGCACCUCUCACUCACACCUCACUCUCCUCGUUCAAAAGCUUCAGCUCCCCGUCGGCGACAAAUGGCUCGACGAGUAUAUGGACGAAAGCUCCAAGCUUUGGGAAGCUUGCCUCGUCAUCAAAUCCGCAGUUUCUUCCAUCGAAAACUUCUCCUCCGCCGGAAUUUCAAUCGCUUCGACCCUCGACGGCCAUUAUCACCACCGUCGGUUAUCUCCUCAGCUUUCUCGUCAGGUGCUAAGGGCGAUAACAGGGUGUAGGAGAGAAGCGAUUGGGAUGGAGGAAGAGAACAGAGCUUUAAUCGAGAAUCGAGUUCAAAGGUUCCCUUUUUGGUCGGAACAGACGGCGGCGAUGGAGUCGUCGACGAAGUUACAGAACGGGUUCAGUGGUUUCCGCGGCGUGCUCUACGCGACGAGGAACAUGAGCUCGCUUCUACUUAUGGUUUUGAUUCACGGUCUCGUCUACUGUUUACCCGGCGACGCAACGCUGUCUCAAACGCAAACGCAGAACCAAGUCGGCGGUUUUGUCGGAGCGAUGGGGAGGUUGCAGCAGAGAGUGGCGGCUGAGGUGGGGAGGAUGGGGGUGAGGAAGGGGAUGUUGAUGCACGAGUACAGGAGGAGCAAGGCGGCGUUGGAAGAGCUGAAGGCGGAGCUUGAGCGGAGAUUCUGCGGCGGAGGAGGGGAAAGCGAAGAGGAGGGAGAGAGGGAGUUGAGAGAGAGGGUGGAGAAUCUGAAAGGGUGUUUUGGUAAUUUGAGGAAUGGGACAGAGAGUAUAGUGGCGCAAAUCGAUGAUUUGUUUGAUGAAAUUGUUGAAGGAAGGAAGAAGCUUUUAGAUUUCUGCAGCCAUAGAUGAAUAUCAAAAGCUGACAUUUUUCAGUUUCAUAAAUAAGCAAAAAAAAAA